UAGUCCGAUUCUGCUCUCAACGAUCAAAAAGAUGAAAUUUUUCAAAAAGAUCGCAGAUUUUGAUCUCAUUUUCGUCACGAAUACCCACUUGGUUUCUUGAAAAAGCAGAGCCCUGUCCUCUCCCCGUUUCUCCCGUUGCAGACUUCUUUCCUUUUUCCAUCGUCAAAUUCUGAAUCUUGGGCCGUCAAAUCGAAUCUCGAAACCCCAGUCAUGGAGCAGCGGUAUUGCUGCAGGCAAUGCAACUUGAGCUUCGCCAGCGGGAGGGUCUUGGGGGGCCACAUGAAGGGUCACGUCGCCCGGAAGAAGGAGCAGAAGAGAGCUCUCCGCGAAACUACCGGGAAGAAACCCGAAGCGUCCGAUCCCUGCGGAGGUGGGUAUGGAUUGAGAGAGAACCCGAAGAAGUCUUGGAAAGCCUCUCCCUUGAGAAUGCGCGGUGGAGGGCGCGUCUCCACCGGAGCCCCGCUCGGUGACGUGAGCGUCCGUCCGGGACUGGGGAAUGAGGGCAAGGAGCGGGGUCCCUUCUCAUGCCGAGAAUGCGGGCAAGUGUUCGGGUCGCUGAAGUCUCUCUCGAAUCACCGGAGGGUCCAUGUCCAACCGGAGAAGUUUAACCACGGCAGGAGCGAUCUUGAGGAAACCUUGGCUAAUGUCGCGCCGAUUUGCCCUAUCCGGCGAAAGAGGUCGCGCCGAGUAUUCUACUCUCCUCCCCUCUCCGAAGACUCUAAUUGUGAUGAGCAGCCUCCGAUUCCAUCCCCUGUUUCUGAAACAGAGCAAGAUGUUUACGAAUUGGCCUUCAGCCUUAUGCUGCUCUCCCGGGGGCUGAGGGACCCCGAUGAUAAAUUUACGGAGAAAAUCCUGCCUAUCAUUGAAUCGGGGUUAUCGAAUAAGGUCCAUCAGACAGCGAAAGAUGAUGCCUUCGGGGUGAAGAAAGUAUCCGACUCCAACUAUAAAGAAGUACACUCAGGAGAACCGAACGAGGAGGGAAAGCUGGUCGAAUUGAAGCUUCAGGUCGAUAUGGUUUAUCUGGAAACUGAGUGUAAGAAUUCCGAGGGCCUCUUUGCGUUCGGAGAUGGUGAAACAGUGAUGAGAGCUCGUGCGGAGGCAGCGAAACUGGGUUGUGAGAGCAAGGAACUUGAAGAAUGCUAUGGUCGUUCGAGGAAGAAACCAAAGCUUGAGCCCAACUGGAAGGAAAGCAAGAACAAGAUCAAGAUCAAGAAAGGCAGUUCUGACCACCGAAUUCCGAGUCCAACUGGAGAACGCCAAGAGAAAGUCCUGGCAGAUUUGUUUCCGACCAAAGAAAACAAGCCCGAAACAGAGAGGGAAUCCGUGGAUACGGAUGAUAAGACAUACGCAUGCCCAACAUGCUAUAAAGUCUUCGGGUCGAGCCAGGCUCUAGGGGGUCACAAGAGAGUCCAUUCCAUGAAGGGCACAACAGGAACCAAGGCCGGGAAGAUCACAAAAGUACUGAACCAGUUCCGGCUCUCUGGCAUUUCGAACAUGUUCAAUCUCAAUGCCCAAGCUAUGUGCACAUAGGUUUCGUGCUACUUUUCUCCUUGCAGCUGCAGCUGCCCCAGCCAAUUCUUUUCCUUUUAAUUUCUGUGGUCUGUUAGAUUGUUACUGCUUGUAGUCUCCAUUAAUUCAUUGUUCAGUUCGAUGCAAAUAUUUGUUGUGCUG